CGGAUCUUUUCGAUUGUAUUUAUCAUCAUUGAUAAUUGUGUUCAUUCCGCUGGUUAUUUGGAUAUUUAAGGAGCAUUGGACGCCUUCUCAUACAUGCAUCUCAUCAAUCAGACCAUUCCAUCUCUUGAAAUAGUCGCUUGAACAACAGUCAAAAUGCCCGUCACAUUGAAUGCCACACAUAUUGGCACUGCGACUGCCAUUCUCCAGAUCAACGGAGUCAACUUCCUCACCGAUCCCUUCUUUUCUCCUGCGGGCUCUUCCUGGGAUUUUCCUCCCGUCAUUCUGUCUGUCUCGGAGGAUCCUGCACUGCGUCUCGAUCAACUCCCCGUCAUCGACGCCGUUCUUCUCAGCCAUGAGGAUCACGUCGACAAUCUCGAUCCCAUCGGUCGGCAGCUCCUCGACGGUCGCCACGUCUUCACCACGAUGGACGGUGCAAAGAACCUCUCUCCCCGCCCUGCUGUCCGUGGCAUGAAGCCAUGGGAAAAGGUCGACGCUGUGAUCGGGGGCAAAAAGUUCCAAAUCAUCGCGACUCCCACGCAGCACGUUCCAGGCCAGGAAUGUACGGGCUUCAUCAUCACCGGCGAGGACUUUGGCUCUGGUCGGGACGGUCUGCCGAAUGCGAUCUAUUUCUCCGGCGACACGGUGUACGUGGAAGAGCUGCAGAAGAUGGCCGACGAGUACCACAUCUGUGCUGCAGUGUUCAACCUGGGCAAUGCGCAUGUGCCGCUGAGCUUAGAGCCCGACUGCAAGCCGACGCAGAUUACGAUGGACGGAAAGCAGGGCGCUAGGCUAUUCCGCGAGAUCCAAGCCGAUGUGCUGGUGCCGAUGCAUCACGAGGCGUGGAAGCAUUUCACGCAGUUUGGGGCAGAGCUGCACGAGGUGUUUGAGCACGAGGGAAUUGGUGAGAAGGUGCGAUGGAUGCAGGGUGGAAAGGAGGUCGCCAUCCUGUAGGCUGUAUUUUUGAGCUGGGAUAGACCCAGUAGCGCCAUCGGGUGCCAAAAACAGGGCACAGACGAUCCGAUGGGCCGGAUGGGCCGUGGACUAAAGGACACUAUUGGAAAGUGGAUUCACUAUGGCAGGUGG